GAAGCUAAACAAAACCAUAACCUUCCCAAUUGCCUGCUACAUGGCGACUGGGAACGUCAUCACCUUGUAAAUAAGAAUCUCGCGAAACGCCGGCAAUGUAAUUACUUUUUAAGUUCAUCUCAUAAAGUGAAAGCAAUCUCAUAGUUAGUUUUAUAGUCGCCAUGAAUAAGAUUACGCUUUUCCUGAUAGUUGCGUGGGUAUUCCUCGCUAAUUUGGAGCAACUCGCCGCGAAGACAAAUCCCCAGAAUGUCGUGAUUGAUAGCAUAACGGACAUGAAGGAGCUGAAGAAGUUGUUCAGGACCAAGACGAACAUGCUCCUGAUGUUCGUCUCGAGCAUGAAGGAAUCUCAGUCGGCGGUGAAGGUGCUCCGGGAGGCGGCGGAAGUUGUCAAGGGGCAGGGGACCAUGGUGCUGAUAGACUGCUCCAACAGUGAAAAGAAGAAAAUAUGCAAAAAGCUGAAAGUUUCUCCGUCUCCUGUCGUUUUAAAACAUUACAAAGAUGGGGAAUUUCACAAAGACUACGAUCGCCAAACGACCGUGCAAAGUAUGGUAAACUUCAUGCGCGAUCCUACUGGCGAUUUGCCUUGGGAGGAAGAUCCAGCUGGUGCUGAUGUACUUCAUAUACAGGAUUCAAACUCUUUAGCUAAAUUUCUAAAAAAGGAAACCAAACCCGUCAUGCUUAUGUUCUACGCCCCGUGGUGUGGCUUUUGCAAACAACUGAAGCCUGACUACGCGGUCGCAGCGACUGAACUGAAGUCAAAAUACGUGAUGGCAGCAAUAGAUGUCGAUCGGCCGGAAAAUACGAUAGUUCGGAGGCAGUACAAUAUCACUGGUUUCCCGACGCUUCUCUAUUUCGAGAAUGGCAAAGUGAAACAGACUUACGACGGGGAGAACAAGAAGGAUGCCCUGGUGGCAUUCAUGAUGAACCCGUCGGCCCCGCCUGCGCCCAAACCAAAGGAGGAAGACUGGUCGACAGAUACCACCUCGGAAAUCGUGCAUUUGACAACGAAUGGUUUCGAACCUGCAUUGAAGGAUGAGAAAUCGGUUCUGGUUAUGUUCUAUGCCCCGUGGUGCGGUCACUGUAAACGGAUGAAGCCGGAAUAUGAGAAGGCGGCGGUAACGAUGAAAAAUAGUAAGGUUCCUGGAAUUCUGGCUGCUCUGGACGCAACCAAAGAAUCCGCGAUUGCUCAAAAGUAUGGUGUGAAAGGAUAUCCCACCGUGAAAUAUUUCGUUCAUGGAGAGUUCAAAUUUGAUGUGAACGUUCGCGAGGCUGAUAAGAUCGUUGCUUUUAUGAAGGAUCCAAAAGAACCCCCACCACCACCGCCACCAGAGAAACCAUGGGAUGAGGAAGAAUCUGAAGUUGUUCACUUGGACGUUGAGAACUUUAAGCCAUUCUUGAAAAAGAAAAAACAUGCUUUAGUGAUGUUCUAUGCUCCAUGGUGUGGCCACUGCAAACGCACGAAACCCGAAUUCACAGCGGCUGCAAGUAAAUUCAGUGAGGAUCCUCGCGUAGCGAUUGCGGCUGUCGACUGUACCCGUCAUUCAUCUGUCUGUUCGGCCUACGAAGUACGCGGUUACCCGACCAUCAAAUACUUCAGCUACUUGAAAACGGUCACUCCAUACGAAGGCGGUCGCACCGAAAAAGAUUUUGUCAAGUAUCUUGCUAGCCUCGGCGCAACAGUGGGUGUUUCCCCAGCAGACAGCGGCAUAAGUGGACCCGUCUUGGAAGUGAACGAUGGAAACUUUGAUGUCGCGAUAAAACGUAAGAAGCACGCUCUCCUAUUUUUCUACACGGAAUGGUGCAAGCACUGUAAGCCGGCCAAAGUGGAGUACUCUGAAGCGGCGAAAAAACUUAGCGGUCAAGAUAUCCUAUUUGCUAUGAUCGAUGCCGAAAUGAAUUUAGAUACGACGGAUCGGUUUAAUGUCAGUGGAUUCCCGACAAUUCUACGAUUUACUAAUGGAAACUUGAUUGGGGAAUUCCAAGGAGAAAGAACUGUUGAUGGUUUUAUUGCGUUCGCCAAGGGGGUGGAGACAAAAAAAAUUGUAGACGAGCUUUAGUAGCCUUCGAUCGGGGUUAAAUCAUCGGAAGGGCUACGAAAUCUGUAUGAAAGUACUCAAAUUGUUGGGAGCACUGUAAUGUUUUAAGUCUAUGGGUGGAUGCAAUUCGCCUUGGUUUUAAUAAAUUUUUAUUUAUGGGAAAUUCUCAUGGAAACUUUGGACAAAAUCACCAUCGAACUCUUCAUUAUCAACUCACAGUGCAAAAUCGUAUGUAUUCCUCUGUAUGUUCUGUUUUUUGAUAUGAUUAAAAAAAAUGAUUUUAAUAUUA